AUGGGCAGAGGACCUAAGAAGCACCAGAAGCGCCUUGCCGCGCCUUCGCACUGGCUGUUGGACAAGCUCAGCGGCACCUACGCCCCCAAGCCCUCGCCCGGUCCUCACAAGCAGCGCGAGUGCCUGCCGCUCAUCGUCUUCAUCCGCAACCGCCUCAAGUACGCCCUCAAUGGCCGCGAGACCAAGGCCAUCCUGAUGCAGCGCCUGGUCAAGGUUGACGGCAAGGUCCGCACCGACUCGACUUACCCCGCCGGCUUCAUGGACGUUGUUUCGAUCGAGAAGACUGGCGAGAACUUCCGUCUCGUCUACGACACCAAGGGACGCUUCACCGUCCACCGCAUCCAGGCCGAGGAGGCCGAGUACAAGCUCGGCAAGGUCAAGCGUGUUCAGCUCGGCCGCGGCGGGAUCCCAUUCUUGGUUACGCAUGAUGCCAGAACCAUCCGCUACCCCGACCCUCUGAUCAAGGUCAACGACACUGUCAAGAUCAACCUUGACACUGGCAAGAUCACCGACUUCAUCAAGUUCGACACUGGCGCCCUCGCCAUGGUUACCGCUGGUAACAACAUGGGUCGUGUUGGUGUUAUCACCCACCGUGAGCGCCACGAUGGUGGCUUCAACAUUGUGCACUUGAAGGAUGCCAUUGACAACACUUUCACCACUCGUGAGAGCAACGUUUUCGUCAUCGGCACUGAGAAGCCCUGGAUCUCCCUGCCCAAGGGCAAGGGUGUCAAGCUCACCAUCGCUGAGGAGCGUGACCGCAGGCGUGCCCAGACCAUCGCCGGCCACUAA